AGUUUCUUUUUCCUCCUGUCUUUACCUCUGUUUGAUGUGCAGAAAAAUAUGAAAGAUUUUUAUAUCUCUGCUUGAUCCAUUAACUCUCCCAGACAAAACUCCUGGUCUUUUGUCCUUUAUGUUCCUCGAAAUCCACGAAAAUCUAGUCAUUUCCCUUUUCUUUGACUUGUAUUUUCAGUUCAAUGAAUCUUUGUCAAUGUUCAAAACUUCAAAUUUCUCCCCCCGCCUACCGCAGUUGAAUUCCUUUUCCCACACUGUUUACAUUCUUGAAUUCUUCUAAAUCUCCAAAACCCUGUUUUUUAAGUGAAAACACAAAAAUAUGUGCUCGGAAACAAGUCCUCGGGUAUCGUUCUCGCAUGAUCUAAUGAUCCAACCAACGACCGAACCGAGUGAAUCUCGAAGGGACACAAUGCUGUUGGAACCCUGUCCGGAUUUCGAGUUCAACAUUUGCAGCAGCAGCAGCAGCUUCAGCUUCGAGCAACAAUAUUCAUCGGCAGAUGAAUUAUUUGCAAAUGGAACUAUACUUCCAAAAGUGGUCAAAAAAUGUGAAGUCCCAUCGAUUGUUUCGCUUCCUCCACGGCCUAAAUCAUCGGCGUCGGUCGAGGAUCGGAUCAAAGACAUGGAAGAAAAGGCGCAAUCCAAGUCGUUUUGGGGUUUCAAGAGAAGUAGCAGCCUCAACUGUGACAAAGAGAAGAGCUUGAUUUGCUCUAUACCGCUUCUUUCGCGAAGCAAUUCGACCGGUUCGGUCGCCAAUCCGAAACGCUCGUCGUCGAUGAAAGACGGUAACAAGCAUGGUAAUUCAAUGGCUUAUCGGUUUCCUCAGAAGCCUCCUUUGAAGAAAAACAAUGGGAAUUAUGCAUAUGGCAACGGUGUUCGAAUCAGUCCGGUCUUGAACGUCCCGCCGCCUUACAUCUCGAAAGGGACGGCGAAUCUCUUCGGAUUGGGUUCUUUGUUACGUAAUGGUAAAGUUAAAAAGAGCAGGAAAUGAAAUUUCACCUCCAUUUUUCCUAUUAUUGAUAUUCACUAUGUACAUGUUGAAGCAUAAUCUUGAAGUGUGUGACAAAGCUUAGGAGACAAAAAGAAAACAGGUACCCCUUUUGAUCUCAUGGCAUUUGGGAUUCAAUCACUAUUGUGUAGACCUGUUGUUCGUUUCGACUCUUCAUUUUUCUUAAAAUACUCGGUGUCCGACAUAUGGAUACUGAGACGUGAUAUUUAAGAAGCCUCAAAAUAUAUGAAAGAACUUAGAAAAAUCUGAACAUAAUCGUGUCGGAUACACACCUUAGUUCGAGUAACAUAAUGUAGAACGGUAGAUAAAGAGGAUUUGGGUUUGCUUAUCUUU